AUGGAGCAGCAGCAUCAGCAGCAGCUGAGAAACUUGCGGGACUUCCUGUUGGUCUACAACCGGAUGACGGAACUCUGCUUCCAGCGCUGCGUGCCCAGCCUGCACCACCGAGCUCUGGAUGCUGAGGAGGAGGCCUGUCUGCACAGCUGUGCUGGGAAGCUGAUCCAUGCCAGCCACCGCCUCAUGGCCGCCUACGUGCAGCUCAUGCCUGCCCUGGUGCAGCGCCGCAUCGCAGACUAUGAGGCUGCCUCCGCUGGGCUCGGUGCUGCUGCUGCUGCUGCUGAACAGCCAGGAAGCUCACCGACAGGCAGCUAG